UUUUCGGAGAAGACAGCGUAUGUGUUAUUCAAGAAAUUAGAAAAUCCCGACAGUCCGCUACUUGGUUUGUACUUUGAUGGACGAAAAGAUAAAACAAUAAUCCAGGAAGAGCGUGGAAACAAACGUUAUAGAAAAACAAUCACAGAAGAACACAUAGUACUGCUCGCUGAGCCAGGAUCUCGCUAUAUAGGGCAUGUCAUUUCUGGAACAGCUUCUUCUAUCAAGGGUGGUAUAUUGCAAUUCCUGAAUUUGCACUUCAAAGAUGUAUCAUCCCUCGUCGCCAUUGGAUGUGAUGGGACAGCAGUUAACACCGGUUCAAAAAAUGGAGUAGUUGCUCUAAUAGAGAAACAAUUGCAUCGCCUAUUACACUGGUUUGUGUGUAUGUUACACGCAAACGAGUUACCACUGCGUCAUUUGUUUAUUAAUUUAGAUGGAAGUACUUCUGGCCCUAAUAGCUUCAUAGGAACGAUUGGUAAACAGUUACAGAGUUGUGAGGGGUUACAUGUGGUGACAUUUAGCAAAAUUGAAGCGAAUUUACCUGACAUAGAUGUGAACCUUCUGAGUAAUGAUCAAAAAUACCUCUACGAAGUGUGUAUUUCAAUUACACAAGGUCUUAUUCCUCCUGACCUGGCUAAUAAGCAGCCAGGCAAAUUGGCGCACAGUCGCUGGCUUACUUGUGCAAAUAGGAUCUUAAGAUUAUAUGUGGGAACCGCCAAACCGUCUCAGAGUCUAGUUGAGCUCGCCGAGUUCGUGAUAAAAGUGUACGCACCGACGUGGUUCGACAUAAAACUGAUGCCUUCUUGCAGAUAUGGUCCACAACAUAUACUUAAUAUGAUAAAGAGGUGUGCUUAUUUAGAAGAUGACAAGAAAGCGAUUGUUUUUCGAACCAUACAGCGAAACUCUUUCUUUGCUCACUCCGAAAAUGUUUUAUUGGCUAUGCUUCAGGAUGAAAGAGGCCACAUCCAAGAAUUAGCUCUAAGAAGAAUAAUGAAAGCUAGAAAGACCAACAAAGGAAAGAAGAAAAUUACUAGUGCCAACUUCAAAGUUACAGUCGAGGAAUUCCCUUGCCACUCACAAGCUGUAGAACGAGGUGUGAAACUUGUAACAGAGGCUAGUUCAGCAGUGUGUGGUAGCAAAGCGAGAGAUGGAUACAUUCGAGCAAGAAUUAAAUCACGAACAGAAGUACCAAAAUUCGACACAAAAUCGCAAUUUUUUGUAUGAGAUUUCGUCUGUUUUUAUAUACUUCAAUAAUCGAAUUUGUUGUUAAUUUCCAUACUACACUUAAAUAUGUACUACUUUCUUUUAUU